UGUUAACCCAAGAUUCGAGACGUACGAAGUUCGAGCGUUCAUUGAGAGCUCUUUUAGACAAAAAAAAACCCUCUAUUAAAACUUCUUGCUUUAACGCCCCUGUGCGUGCACUGCGCUUUUACUUUCGCUUUUAUAAUUCUUCAGAGUACCGUACUACUGUUUUAGUAAGUACCUAAUACAACUCGUGCGUCUAAAACUGAAGCUGACAAUAAAAUGGCAGUACAUUCAGUAAAGCGCCUCUUGUUGGCAUGUGUUUUUCGGACUGGUCCCAUUAAACUGGGCUCAAGAUGUCUUAGUAGUUCUACAACUACAACAACACAGUUUGAGGCGGCUCCGAGCGUAGCGGAUGAGGUCAAAGUCGACCAUCUGGAUGGGGACCAGAAAGGUAUAGCUGUCCUGUCCCUGCGACGCUUUCGCUACAAGAAUGCCAUGGGCAAAAACUUCCUGAUAAGAAUCAGUGAUGCUGUUGAGGAGAUGAGGUUCAACAACGACAUUCGAUGUGUCGUAGUUCGAAGUGAAGUUCCAGGAGUCUUUUGUGCAGGUGCUGAUCUCAAAGAACGAUUGCAGAUGACAGACAAGGAGGUGGCUGAAUUUGUCAAUACUCAUAUACGAGAGAAUAUCACUCGUCUCCAGAACCUGCCUAUGCCGACCAUCGCUGCUAUUGAUGGGGCUGCCCUGGGAGGGGGACUGGAGCUGGCUCUUGGCUGUGAUCUCAGGGUCGCUUCAAGUAAUGCCAAAAUAGGUCUGAUAGAAACAAGCCUGGCAAUAUUUCCUGGCGGGGGUGGCACUCAGCGUUUGCCCCGUACAGUCGGGGUCGCUCUGGCUAAAGAGCUCAUCUUCACAAGCCGUGUUCUGGAUGGUGUGCAGGCUAAGGAGCACGGAAUCGUCAACCACUGUGUGGAACAAAACGACAACGGAGACGCUGCCUACCUCCGAGCUCUCCAGCUGGCAGAGGAAAUUUUGCCAAAUGGUCCCAUUGGUGUGCGCAUGGCAAAGGCUGCAAUCAGUAAAGGAUCUCAGGUUGAUUUAGAAUCUGGUCUCAAGUUUGAAGAAGCAUACUAUGCUCAGAUUAUUCCAACAAAGGACCGUAUUGAAGGCCUGAAAGCAUUCAAGGAAAAGCGUCGCCCAAAAUACGAAGGACAUUAGGAUGUCUGCAGCAAAGACAAGAGUCAUGCCCUUGGAGUCUCUUUGCCAGCAGAUAAAAUUACCCUUUUGAGAUUUUGUCUGGAGAAUGAUGCAAAAAUGUCAUAUCUGCCGAAUUAUUGUUUUGAGAAUAUAAUUUUGGAGGGAGCUCAAAUUUAGUUGAUGUUACAAUUUAGAAGUAUGUGUUGUAGACAUAAAAAAUUACUUCAGCUGACUAGUAAUUAUACAUUAAAUCUACAAAUGGCCGCUUGCACUGCAUGCUUCCCAGGAAGUUGAAGUUGUUUCAGAAUGCUCUCGGGUCUACUGGGGUA